GUGCCUCUAUAAAUGUCCCCGGGAGUUUCCGAAAUCCACACUCGGUGACUUCAGCUGAACAAUGGUUAACAUGAGCGAUCACCAAACUCUACAAAAACACACACAGACCCUGAAUAAAAAACAGCCGCGAAAAAGAAAUACUAAAAAGAAAAGGAACUAUUGGGAUAAUAUAUCGCCGACAACACACAUUCAAACUUGAUUGACAAGAGGCACUUUAAGUCAGGUCUGGUGUGCUAGGUGUGUGAGCAUAUCGUAUUGUGUCUGUGGAUAGCGACUGAUUGGUGCGAUGACUGCGGAGUGGCUGUACCCCCCUGGUGUGGGGCCGUUGUGUGGUGCAGAGUUGGAGGCGUGGUAUGAAGACCUACAGGAUAUACUGGGCUCUGACGCGGGUGGGGCCAAACUUACACGAGCCCCGCCUUGCUCCGAGAAAGAGCCCGAGUUUUUGGAUGUUUUGGAGAGCUGCUCGCUCACCUGGCUAACCGAGGGGCAGGUAUGGGGAGAAGGGGUGCAACGGGUUAUAGAGGAACCUCCGACACCAAUACACCCUCCAACGGCCUGUGCAACUCCCCCUAGACCGGAGGAGAGGAGAGAAGGCGAUGCGGUGAGCUCGUCCGGAGGAGAUCUUCUGCCACCGGAGUUCUUCGAGCUCCUCAGCGAGGGAGGUGUCGGGUUUGUCGAAACAGGUGCGGUGAUGGUCACCGGCAGUUACCACAUCCCUCACCGUCAGCCUUCAUCCCCGGCGGCCAGCGAGGAGGAGCUCCCAACGGUUCCAGACGCUUCAUCGUGCUCCUCAGCAUCCCAAUCGCCCUCUCUCAACUACUCCCCAACCGCCUCCCCUCCCCUGUCUCCUCCCAUCAGCGUCUCCUCGUGGCUGGGCAAAAGGAAGCGAGGGAGCGACAGAGGCACGCUGGGCUCCCCGUCCCCUGGGAAGAAGAGCAGGAGAGAACGCGAGCAGGAGAACGUAAGAAAAGUGCAAGAACUGACGGACCAGAAUGAGCGUCUCAAAGCGGAGAUCGAGCGACUCGGAGAGGAGGUGCAGAGAACGCGCCGAGCGCUCAUCGAGAGACUUGUGAACACCAGUAGGUGAAGGAGGAGCAAAGAAAGAGAUUUAGAGAGACAAAAGAAUAGAGGGGUAGGAGGCAAGUGAACAAUUGACGGAAAUUCAUCUUGCGGUGACCAUGAAAUGCACAUUCAUGAAGACCAAAGGAGACUAAAGACAUGUGUUACGAGGGGGGAGAGAGAGUUUUUUAAAGAGCGUCUCCCAACAAGAGAGAAAAGAGAAAGUCAGAUUAAGCCAUAGCAAAAGAUGGACCCUAGCGUCAGGGGUAGAGUGAAUCUCACGAAAACUGGGCCAAAUUUCUCUCCAAAUUAAAAAGACAAAUUAUAUUUUGUACAAAGAAAGCGUCCAUUUUUUUUUAGCACCACUAAGGUUCUUUGCAAUCUGACAUUUUCAUGAAAAAUAAGCACAUCUGAUCCCCUAACUGUAAUAACAGAUGCUUUACUGAGAAUCUCAAUCAAUUCCUAUUACUGUAAUAGUCAUUUUUCCAGUAUUACAGUAUAAAAAAAAUACUGUAAUAUAAUUAUUUUUAGCAUCAAGGCAGUACAAAAAAUAUUAUGGAAAAUAAAAAAAAUAAAAAAAGUGCAAGACACAAUUCAGCAAACUCAGGAAUAAUAGUAGAUAUCUUUUCAAUGAUAUUAAACUCUAAAAUCUGAUAAAAGAAAUGCAGUUCCCAUGUAGUCACUCAAUACAUUUUCCCCGCAUUAAUAUCAAUGUUAAUGCUAAAACCAAGUACAAAAAAUUCAACCAUGAUGGAUAAAUGCAUUGCAAUAAAAAAAAAAAAAAAAAUUGUAAUUAUUAUCAUUAUUAUUAUUAUUGCAUUAUGGUAAUGAGUUUUUUGGGGAGAAAAUGCAUAAUACUUUAUUUUCUUUGAAGCAAAAUAUAAUAUCUUUAUUUUUAUUUUUUUUCAUUAAUUCCUCUGGCAAUAUUAUAAAUUAAAUUAUAUUUUUAACCCCCAGGAAAGUAAUCUUUCCUGUUUUACAGUAAUAUAUAUAUAUAUAUACACACACACACACACACACACACACAGUGUAUUCCAUUAAAAAAAUAUAUAUAUAAACAGGCAUCAAGGCAGUACAAUAAAUACUAUGGAGAAAUUAAAGAAAAUAUGCGCAGGACACAAUUUACCAAAGGAAAAAUUAGUAAAUAUCAAUACUCCAAAAUCUGAUUAAACAAUACAGUUACCAUGCAAUCGCUUAAUGUAUUUAUUUAUUUAGCAUUUAUUUACUAUUUUUACUAAGUACAACAAAUUACACCAUGAUGUAUACUUCACCAUUAUAUAUAUAUAUAUAUAUCGUUUUCAUAUUAACGUAUUUCAUAAGAAUGAGAAUUUGGGGGUCAAAAAAUGUCAAUGCAAAUUGUAAUUUCUUAUUUCUUUGUUGAUUUUGGGGUGAAAUAUGGCUCAGACAUGUUUCAUGAGAUUCAUCUGGUAAUAUUGUGAAAGCCGCUGUCAAGCCCGGUUAAGUACCAUCUUUAUUUAACUACCGUUAAUGAAUUCCCUUGUUAUUUAAACUGGAUUGUUUCUCAUUUUUGGUAAGACAUCUUUUGGGAAUGUGUCAGACACACAGUGUAUGGAAUGAACUGAACUACAACACAAGGUUUACGCAGAAGAAAUGUAAUUGUAUUUGUAACGAUGAUUGUAGAAGUGCAUUUCAUUGUAACCCAUCUGUUCGUUUAAGGGCUUUAAAUGUGUGAACUCCAAACCCCUAGUUGUUGGAGAUUAGUAGCUCAGGACUGUUAUUGAGAAUGAUUGUGUGAGCCGUUUCCCUCUGUAGCUCACAAUCAACCGAGGCCUCUAAGUGUGUGUGAGUUUGUGUUUAAAGGACAAAAAUAUGAAUGGAUGUUCCUAGCGAUUUUGCUCUCACUUAUUUCUCUUUAAUCUUUUUCAGAAUUUUUAGAAUUAGCGGUUUAUAGCACACUCUGCCUCUAAUCCAUGCCUAUUUUUCUAUAUGUGUAAUACACAUGAGAAUAUGUCAUUUAAUCAUCACUAUGUGUAAUCAUUUACCUUAUAUUGUACUUUACUCAUGUUAAAAUAAACAUGCAUGCUGAAUUACUGUAUUUAGAGUAGUAAAACAUUUGAUCUGAAUUUCAUUUAGACUUCCUUAAUACGGAACUGUAUUACACACAUUUUGUUAUU